AUGGAUAAGUUUCUCAUCAAGUUACCAAAGCCAAAAGAUGGCCAACCAAGUUCUAGCUCUAAUCAACCAUUUGUGAGUUCACAAGUUGCUUCGGAAGUUCAAAGACAUACAAAUUCUUUUCCACUUUCAAAUAUGGAUAAUAUGCUUGAUUUUAAAUCUCUUGAAGCAGAUCCCAAAGAUCGAAUGCCUAUUUCAUCUUAUGGUCCUAAUAUUCGAGAUGCGGUAAGGAGGUAUUACAUUCAAAAAAAGCCAUGUCAGCCUGUUGAUCAUAUCUUCCCUAAAACUAAGUUUGGAGAAAAAAUGCGUCAAUUUCGACCAACUUGGUUUAAGAGAAGAUCUCAAUGGUUGGAAUAUAGCAUUAAAGCAGAUGCGGCAUUUUGUUUGUGUUGUUAUUUGUUCAAGAAUGAACUUGAAAGUCGUGGAAAUGCCGGAGAUUCAUUUACAAGAGAUGGUUUUAGGUGUUGGAACAAAGCUUUAGAAAGAUUUAAAAAACAUGUUGGUAAGGUAAAUAGUAUCCAUCAUAAAUGUUUCAAUAGGAUGCAAGAUUUGAAAAACCAACGACAAUCGAUCCAAUCUUCUUUUGACAAGCAAAGUGAAAAGGCAAGAAGUGAUUAUCGGAUGCGUUUAAAUCCCUCAAUUGAUGUAGCAAGAUUUCUCUUGACAUCGGGAUUUCCAUUUUGUGGGCAUGAUGAAAGUGAAGGUUCCGAAUAUAAGGGUGCUUUUCUUGAACUUUUGAAAUGGUAUGGGGAUAGAAGUUUUGAUGUGGGAAGAGUAAUAUUAGGUAAUGCUCCACAAAAUGAUAUGAUGAUUUGUCCGACAAUUCAAAAAGAUAUUGUGGAGGCUUGUGCUAAAGAAACAACUAAGACUAUCAUUGAAGACUUGGACGGUGAUUAUUUUGGAAUAUUAGUUGAUGAAUCAAAGGAUGUUUCUCAUAAGGAGCAAAUGGCUCUAAUUUUGAGAUAUGUCAACAAAAGUGGAAUGGUGAUAGAGCGAUUCUUGGGUAUUGUCCACGUAAAUGAUACAUCUUCUCAAUCAUUAAAAAAGGCAAUUUAUUCUUUGCUUUUGGAUCACUCAUUAUGUACAUCCAAAAUACGUGGUCAAGGUUAUGAUGGGGCUAGUAAUAUGCAAGGGGAAAUAAAUGGUCUCAAGUCUUUGAUUUUACAAGAUACGUCAUCUGCAUAUUCUAUUCACUGUUUUGCUCACCAAUUGCAAUUGGCACUUGUAGGUCUUUCCAAAAAGAAUUUGGAUGUGGAUAAUUUUUUUUAUGUUCUCGCUAAUAUUUUGAAUACUAUUGGAGCUUCAUUUAAAUGCAGAGAUUCACUUCGACAACAUCAAGAAGAUAAGUUGGAAGAGUUGCUUAAAUUUGGAGAAGUUCAUACAGGGCAAGGUUUGAAUCAAGAACGUGGCCUCCAACGACCGGGUGAUACUCGUUGGGGGUCUCAUUUUAAAACCUUGGACAAUUUCCUGAUUCUUUUUUCUUCAAUUGUUAAUGUGCUUAAGGAUAUGAAACGUGAUUGUCCAUAUCAUCUUGAUAGAUUUGCGGCGGAAAAUCUUUUGAGCAAGAUUCAUGAAUUUGAAUUUGUCUUUAUGUUGCACUUGAUGUUUAAGGUGUUGCUAUUGACGAAUGAGUUGAAUAAAGUUUUACAAAAGAAAGAUCAAGAUAUCGUUAAUUCUAUGGGAUUGCUUGACCUUUCAAAGAAACGAUUGCAAAUGAUGAGAGAGGAUGAAUGGGACUCUAUGAUGGAUGAGGUUAGCUUAUUUUGUGGUAAACAUGGAAUUUCAAUUCCCAAAAUGAAUGAAGACUACUCUAAUGGGAAGUCGAAGCGUAAGAGGUCCAAUAUUUCAUAUUUGCAUCACUUUCGUGUGGAAGUAUUUUAUGUCGUCAUUGAUUUGGCACUUCAAGAACUCAAUAAUCGUUUUGAUGUGGUGACUAGUGACUUGCUUCUCGGUAUGGCUAGUUUGAGUCCGGUUGAUUCAUUUGCUAAUUUUCACAAGGAUAGGAUAAUGAAACUAGCCGAGUACUACCCAAGUGAGUUUGGUGAUAAAGAUCUUCGGGAACUCAAUUUUCAACUUGAUGAUUUUUUUGUCUAUGCUCAAAAGUGUGAUAGCAAGUUUCUCAACUUGAAGGGAAUCAAGGAUCUUGCAAAAGUGAUGAUAGAGACAAAACUAGAUCAAACUUGGUCACUUGUGUAUCUACUUGUGAAGUUAACUUUGAUUAUUCCUGUUGCUACCGCAAGCGUGGAAAGAGCAUUCUCAUCAAUGAAGUACAUAAAGAAUGAUUUGCGUAAUAGGAUGGAUGAAGAUCUUUUGAAUGGUUGUUUAGUUUGCUAUAUAGAGCAUAGUAUAUUAAAAAUGUCCACAGACGUCACCACGGCCUGUGGAGGGAUCCGUGAUCUGAUGCCUGAGCCUGGGUGGUUCUGUCUUUCCUCUACGAGCCCUCCCUUGACUCGUGUGGUGAUCCACGGCCUGUGA